GGGCCCCGGGGACCCAUGGGAUCCCCCCGCGGCGGGUGCAAGGGCCCGGGGGCUCGUGGGGUCCCCCCGCGGCGCGUGCGAGGGCCCCAGGGCUCGUGGGGUCCCCCCGCGGCGGGUGCGAGGGCCCGGGGCUCGUGGGGUCCCUCCGCGGCGAGCCCAAGGGCCCGGGGGCUCGUGGGGUCCCCUCGCGGCGGGUGCGAGGGCCCCGGGGCUCGUGGGGUCCCCCCGCGGCGAGCCCAAGGGCCCGGGGGCUCGUGGGGUCCCCUCGCGGGCAGAGGCCGCGCGGUCGAGGUGCCGCCCCCGGGGUGCCGCUCGGAGGACGCGCCCCUGGUCAUUGUGGGGAGCAUCUGUUUUUUUGUUUGUGGCCUCAAUACCAUGCACUGAAAUUUUCUCCUCUGCCAACUAAAAAACUGUACCAGGUUGUGCUUGCUGUUUCUGCUCUGCUCCUAGCUGGCUGGUU